AUUGAAGUCGCAACGUUUCGCCUGUAUGACAAGAUUGGCGUGGCUGGUCUGGCUCUGGUCAAUCUUGUGGAGGUGGAGGAAUUGACCGAGCCGUUACCCUCUCACCUUGUUAAGGCUAAGUAAUACAAGAACAAGUCUCCUGAAAGGAGAGGAAAGAUCCGAUUGGACGUCGGUCAUUUGGCAACGACUUUACUCCGGUCACCUGCCUCUGUGCUCGUUGACUUUAAACACAGGUUUUUGCCCAUCAUCCUCGGAGGCGAGCAGCAGGUGCCGGUGGGGCUCGUUGUGCAGGAUCCAUAACCUAACCUAACCUCCUGUUUCUUAAGAAUAGAUACCCCCUGUCGUGCCUACUUGUGGGUAAAAAGAGCAAGGCGAUCGUUUGCGUUUGGCUUAAUAUGUUGCUUCUAGACAAAUUGUGAAAGCUCUUCUAACCUCCAGGAUCCCAACGGGAACUACGCACGUCGCACACGAGCCUUCUUCGAAACAACAUCAGAAAUGCACACGCGCAUGCUCGUUAGAGAAGGGGUAUUUGCACACGAAGACGAGGUGCAGAACUUCUACAACCCGGAUGAAGCGGAUCUUCUACCCGCUAGCAGAAAUAAAAAUAAUUAUGUUGGCGGUGGAGGAACUUCCAGAAGUAUUCGCGCCGGUCGUGGUGGUGGAACAUCAGUCCUUGAGCAGC